CGCAUGGAUUUGAUUGGCUGUGGCUGUGUAUCCUUCUUGUGUUUUGGUGGACGCGAAAAUAGCAUGGGAAAGGAUAAAGGCAAAAGCGUGGUUGAUAAUGAUACGAUGAAAACAUAAAUUUGUCAGUUAAAAUGGUUUAAUAUGAUUUUCUAAUGAGAAGACGAGGAGUGAGAACAUUAGCUGGAGAUGUAUUAGUUUAAUUAAGGGGGCAUUAACGUGCACGAUGGACCACAGCGGAGGCGAAACAUCUAACGUUAGCUUAGCUUACAAAGUUUUCACGUUUGGAGAAAACAAGAAAAACACACUUUCUGUCUCCAUACCUGAGGUUCUGGAUUCACAGUACGGCAUGUAUGUGUGGCCAUGUGCAGUGGUGCUGGCUCAGUAUCUGUGGACACAACGAGAGGAGCUGAGAGACAGGACAGUGCUGGAGCUUGGUGCAGGUGUGAGUCUACCAGGUGUGGUGGCAGCCAGGUGCGGUGCAAAGUUGAUCCUGUCCGACGAUGCGAAGAAGCCGCUGUGUCUGGAGAACUGCAGGCGCAGCUGUGAAGCCAACGGUGUCACUGAUGUGCUCGUGGUGGGUCUCACCUGGGGGGAAGUCUCACCUGAUCUCGUCCUGCUUCCAAAACUGGACAUCAUCCUGGGAUCAGAUGUUUUCUACGAGCCAGGAGAGUUUGAAGAUGUCCUCGUGACUGUUGCUUUUCUUCUAAGAAAAAACCCGACAGCCCAGUUUUGGACGACAUACCAGGAAAGAAGUGCUGACUGGUCGAUUGAAGCUUUGCUCCACAGAUGGAAACUGAACUGUGUCGAAGUCAAACUGGAGAGUUUUAACGCCGAUAAAUCUCAGCUGGCUGGAUCGACUCUACCAGGCAGGCACAUCAUCCAGAUGAUGAUAAUCACACUGAAGACAGAAGACGGACAGUAAAAGACAGAUUUGUGGGGGUUUUUAUCGUCUCACUUCCCUGCACAUGUUGCCUGUCAUCAUUAUUCAUUGUCGGUGCCUCACAGCUGGGUAACAAUAAACAUGGAGGAGAGCAACAACAGCGACAGGGGUCAAUGGAGAGACGAGGAAGUUUCACAUUUGUUGGACAUUUAUGGAGAAGCUUCCAUUCAAGCCAAACUGUAGGAACUUAUCGUAACCGGAUGCUAGCAGCCAUGUCAUCCACGUUAAUGAUCUAACGUUGUUGUUGUUGUUGUUGUUGUUGUUGUACACAUGUGGCUCAUAUUUCAGUUAAAUCUGUGCAUUUGUGGCAGUUGACACAACGUGGAUACACGUAACUCACAAACAUGAACCAUCAACACAAAAACAUCAGAUCUGACUAAAACAUCUGAACUGUGCAUUAAGGUUCACUGUGUGUACCCUGUUCAUGGCAGAAGGUAGUAAAAGUUAUGUUGCAGAGAGAAAAGACAUUAAAGACAUUUAUAGUUACAAAGAAGAUGUCAAUUUUUUUUAUUAAAAAGUGUUGAAAAUCAGUCU